AUAAUAAAGGAAGCAUGUUUUCUAAUAGUAUCAAUGAUUUAACUGACUGCCAUAGGACGAAACAAAAGAAAAGUGAAUCUGAAUGUUCGGAACUCAGCCUUCAAUCACUCGGUUAUCUAAAGAAAAACAGCACCACGUCUUCUACCGACUCGAGUGACUUGGAACAAGAAGACGAUGGAAACUCAACCUCUAAAAUCCGUUCUGGCUCGAUAGUAGGCAGCAUGGAUGCAAUAUCCAUGCAGUCCUACGUCGAAAAAAAACUCCAGUUGUUCUCUGAUUCCGAAGGUAAUGAGGAAGACCCCACAAAUGGUGAAGAUUCAUCCUCGGGAGAGUCUGACUGCGCUAGCGAUAAUUCGCAAACUCGGGGAUUUUACACGCCGUCAGACGAGGAGCCCGACGACCUGUUCUACCUUACCAUCCCCGGGGAGCCUCGAACCGCUUUGAUGACUCCCAAAAGAUCGGCCAAGAACUCCACCAAAAUGAGCGGUCCUGAUCCCGAAGACAAAGUGUACCAAAUGACGAGCAAGGAAAUUUAUGAUCGCCAUUCGUUUUGCAUUCCUGGUAAAGGCAAUAUAUUCCCUAUUGAGUUGCCCAUUGGCUCGGAAGCUAAGCCCAGACAUGAACCAAUGUUUGGACCUGAGCUAGCGCCGCUGAACGUUGCAGCAGCUAGGAAGGUUAUCGCUGCCACACUCCGUCCCAUUUUCGCCCUGCAAGAAGCAGAGGAAACGCGAACUCGGGGCACUAAGAUUGCGAAGAAGGCGAGGAAAGCAGGCGUUGGAGCCAUCGAAUGGAUGCUUGGCAAAGGCUACAGCAAAGACGCCGUUGGGCACGAGACUACCAGCGCCUCGGGAGACUCUGAACUUGAAUGGCCUCCUGAAAGCGCACUCUCUUUCAAAGACAAACUCAGUAGCCUGUUGAAGUCGAUCACGAACAUGAAUCACUGCAAGUCAUCGUGGAAGAAGAACGCGUUCGAGUUGGAGUACACGAAACAGGGCUCCGUUCAUCGCCACGUCAUGACAGAGAAAGAAGAUUUCUGGGAGAUGUGGGUUAGGAGACACACUGAGUCCGCCCUGGUACUGAAUGAGAUUCUUCAAAAUUCGCCGCUUCUUACACUCGUGUUGCAGCUCGCUAUAGGCGACGGCAGAGUUGGCUUCAUCGCACACGAAGUGAGCUAG